CUUUCACGGCCGUCGCUGUCGCUGCUGCUCCCUGAUGCCCGACUUUGCAGCCAACCAGGCCCGCGAUGCUGGCCCGCUUGCCGCUGCAAGACGGCCUUGACUGGCCCCGACUCUCGCAAUGGAUCUGCCAAAAAUAUACUGCACACGCACUAUGGCACCACCGCCUGGUGCUCGUGGAGGGUGGCCCUGCCCUGUCAGUGCCUGUCCUGGCCUCCAACCUGCCAUGCCAUGCCAUGGCCCAUCACAACUGAGAAGCGAGAAGCACACACUGCCGGCCUGGCAUGCGGAGGACCGGUCUAGCGAGAGGAAGGCCCUUUUCCUGCCCUCGUUUCCGCCCCUCUCCACCUCGCGUGGACUCAUGUACCAUCUGCUCACCGAUGCUGCGCCGGGCUACCUCUCCUCACCUCUUCCCACCCGCCCCACCGCGCCGCUCUAUUUGUUCGAAACCCUCUUCUCUGCCCGCCAUCACACCUGUGACCGGCCGUCCUCGUGCAUAUGCCGCUCGCUGUGAAUCUUCUCACACAAGCGUAGUCUUGUCUCGUCCUGCCAUACAUAACCUCCUGUAGGCGCCCGCCCAAACAAGUCGUCGUCCGACCCUUUUCCUGGUUUGCGACCUUUGUUAGAUUAUACGAGCAUAGCGGGAGAUUUCCUUUCAGUGUUGCUGGCAGCGACCAUAUCAAUGCGAACAGGCACUUUUUCCUACUGUCAACCAAAUACAAGAACCUGCGCUGGCAACAGCAUCCCGGACCGAUCCCAACACACAAGCACACCAUCCAGCCAACCUCCGGCACCGAGCACCGGGGCCACCAAAAAUGGAAUUCGCCUCAAGGCAUGCCAUGGCCGAGAGGCCCCAUCGCGAAAUGAUGGAGAAGUCUCAUAUUCGCGAAACUUUCUUCUCAGUCAAGAAUGUGCCGCCACCGCGACCAGACUCGGUGCACACCGAGUUUAUGGAGACAGACUGGGAGGAAGAUGACAUCCUAAGCGAGUUGGACGACGGUGACUCGUCUCCACGUCUGAGUCUCGACUCUUCGAGAGGCGGACCUAGUAUGACAACUCUGUCGACGUACGAUGAAAUUCGCACCCCUGAGCAGCGGUCAAUUGCACGGUUUGAAAUGGGACCCGACCCUAUUAAACCCAUUGUCGGCCCAAGAGGACCUCACCUGUUCCGCAGUUCCAUCAGCAGUGCGAACUCGGUCGAGUACGAGAAUGCGCUUUCGCUGUCGCCGAUCACGCCAAAGGUGUUCAACCGAGAGGCCAACUACCAAAUGCCCAUCACCCUGGAUCUGGAUCUACCGACGCCGAGGGCCCCUCGCGACGGGCCAUUUCAGUUUACGAGCCGGGAGCUGGAAACCAAGAGCUUAGCGCAGUGGUCCCCGGAAAUGGUGGCACAGUGGAUGCUCAAUGCUGGCGUUGAGUUGCAGUUCGCGGAGACGUUCGUCGAGAAUGAUAUUAAUGGCGCGAUUUUGAUCACCUUAAAGUUCGAGGAUCUGAAGGAAUUGGGCAUCGCCUCCUUUGGCGUGAGGACCAAGAUCUGGGAAGAGAUCCACGUGAUGAAGGACAUACGAGCUGCCCCGCCCGACCCUGAGACACCCAUAGAGGACGAGCCGAGCAGGGAGGUCAGGAGGGAGGAGAGGAGGCGCGACAAGCAGGAACAUGGCGGUGAGUUGAAGCGUCGUCAAAGCAGUCGCAGGCGCAAGCAGUCUCACAAUGAGGACACGAUCCGGCCCGGGGAGUCUGUGUCCAUCGUGGGCAUUGAGCAGGUCAUGCCCAAGCCGCAUCACUGCUCGAAAGGCGAGAACUGUCGCAAGUGGCGGAAGCAACAAAGAAUGAUCGAGGCGUUCAAGAACGACCAUCCUUUCGUUAACAUGGACAGCGGCGGCGUCAUCAUGGUUGCUGGUGACCCUGGCAAUCCAGAGACUGCCCGAAGGAUCGAGCCCGAUGAGGACGUUGUCUUCCGCCCAGUCUCAGACGCCGUGCCUUCGGUCGUGGCCUCUUCAGACGUUAUGGGCACAGAGGGGCUGCCUCCCCUGCAAUACCUGCAGCAGGCCACCCUGCGCAACGCCCAAGAGCAACAGAAGCGCGACAAUGUGCGCCAGUUUCUUGAGCUGCAGAACACCACCUCCUCAAGUGAGGUUCCACCGACCCCACCGUUUGAGAUGCUUCCUCCUCGGAAGGCACCUCACGGGGGUCUUCGAUCCCUUUCGAAGCUGGCCAUCCCGACCCAGCCCAACCGUUCACGCCCCGUCGAGGAUAUACCAGAGUCCGCGUUCCCCGGCUCGGCGUGUCCUGGCUCGGCACAUCCUUCCUCUGCGCACCCUUUCAGCCAGCCUUCGCAGCCCUCGUUCGCGGCGCAACAACGCCAAUUCUCCCUGCCAUCGCCAUCCCCAUCGCCGGACUCUCGUUCAAAUACACCCAAUGGCGUCUACCGUUUCGGAACGCCCUUCUCAGAGAUGGACGUCCCGGUUACUGCUGUACCUAUGGGACCCAUCCCCCGAGACACAUCUCAGUCCGUCCCCCCCGAGAUGAACUACCACUCGGCCUCCAACCCACCACCACGCUCUCUAUCACGGUCCACCUUCCGCAGGCGCUCCUUCUUGACCAUGCCUCCCGUGGACGAGAAUCACGCGACCCAGGUCGCAAAUCACCGCCGUAUCCCCUCUCCAAUCACCACAUCAGAGACGUCCCCUAGGUCUAAGCAGCAGCGGCCACUCCAGCCUCCGCCCCGGGUACAGUGGCCUUGGUCGCCGCCAGCCAGCGCUCGGCAGUUCGAGACGGCCAUCGCCCCCUUGCCCAAGGGCCCUGGCAGUAGCUCAUCAGGCAGCAGCCGCAGCAGCAGCGGGCAGCACACGCCCAACAGCAGCGUGUCGUCGACCACCAAGAUCGGCUCCCCGCUGGGCGGCCACGCCAAGGACCCCAACAACUACCAGUACCAGGGAUACAUGAAGAAGCGCAAGACCAAGAUGCUCCGCCACGAGUGGCACGAGCACUACGUGACGCUCAAGGGGACGCGGCUCGCGGUCCACAAGGACCACGAGGCCGUGGACAAGACGCUCGAGUACGUGGACGUGGACGACUACGCGAUCGCGUGCUCGUCGAUGGCGACGACGUCCAAGCUCAACGCGGCCUUCAAGGCCAUGAGCAUCCGCAAGGACAAGGGCAUCAGCAAGGAGGACAUCGCCGCCUUCAGCUUCCAGCUCAUCCCGCAGGGCGACAUCUCCAAGGGCGGCCUGCCCCGCCUGCGCAAGAGGGAGAGUUCCAUGAGCGGCGUCACCGGCCGCCACCAGCGCAACGGCAGCUGGGACGGCGCCAUGGAAGUCGGGGACGCCUCGGGGCCGCCUCCCCCGCCCGAGGCCGUCAACGGCACCGGCAAGACGCACCACUUUGCCGUCCGCAGCCGCGACGAGAGGAUCGACUGGAUGCGGGAGCUGAUGCUCGCCAAGGCGCUGCGCCAGAAGGGCGAGGGCUUCGAGGUCAGCGUGAACGGCAACAUGAUCUAGGCGCGCUAAUAAGCACAUGCGCGCCUUCCUUUUUGAUGAUGAAUUUACGAACAUGGCGGCUUAUCUGCAUUUUCAAGGGCGUUUUGGGCAUCAUGACUUUUGUUUACUUCUUCUUUUACUCCGCUCAGGUUCUCCUGCUCCUCUUCUCUUCCGAUUUCGUUUCCUCCUCUCACUUAUACCACAAUCAGAUACGACACGAUACCGAUGAUACCUUGAAUGUUUUGCUCUUUUUGAAAAUUUUCUUGUAUUCUCAGGAGAUGUAACGGCGCAAGCCCAUAGUCUGGUGUGUGAAGGGCUUAUGUGCCGAAAUGGAAGAAUUGUUGACAGUGUUGAUUUGGGUUGAUAGUUGCAGGAGAGGAGAGCAAGAAGAUGAAAGAGAGAUGCCGAGAGACAGGCCGAUGAUCGCAAGACGAACAAAAACGACAGAAUUGAGGAUAGGUAGCUAGCCAGCCAGCUUUUGUUGUUUGGUGGUGAGACUUUGCCAACAAAUAGGUACCACACUCCUUCAAUGGGAUGGCCAUCUGAUAGCAACUGGAGUCUCGUCUAAUUAAUUUUCAUGCGUACA